AUGCCGACAUUUGACCAGCUCGCUGAUUCGCCCAAGAAGGGCCGGAUCAUCAAAUCGGCGUAUGACAGUGAGAGCUUCGAGGCCGACGGCUCAAUCCAUGUCGAGGGCGUCGUCGGCUCUGCCACCAUUUCGCCUUCAGGGCGAGACAUUGCGCUGGCAUCACCGGAAGGCCUUGCAAUUAUCGAUCUAGACUCUCCGUACAGUGCACCGCGGCGUCUGCGAGGCUCGGGCCAGCCAUGGCUGGUUGUUGACGUGCAAUGGUCUCCGUUCACAGCUCGAGACUAUUGGGUCGUCUCGACAGCAAAUCACCGUGCGUUGGUGUGGAAUCUCAAUCUUCGGGAUGAUUCAAGCACUGGCGCAAUUGAGCACUCUCUCCAGGGCCAUACCAGGGCCAUCACCGACGUCAACUUUUCAGCCCACCAUCCCGAUCUCCUUGCAACUUGCUCCGUAGACGGCUAUGUGCAUUGGUGGGACCUGCGCCGGCCUCGCCAACCAGUACUUACUUUUUGUGAUUUCUUUGCUGGUGCUACCCAAGUCAAGUACAAUCGUCGCGAUCCUCACAUCCUAGCUUCAUCACAUGAUCGUUGGUUGCGCAUUUGGGACGAGCGAAAGGUUUCGGAGCCUGUCAAGUCCAUUACCGCACACACAUCUAAGAUAUAUGGCCUGGACUGGAAUCGAACCAAAGCGACUGGCCUUGUCACAUGCUCUUUGGACCAGAGUAUGAAGUUUUGGGAUUACAGCAAUGAUGGCAACGAAUUGGAGCAUGUUAUUCAAACUGACUAUCCGGUUUGGAGAGCCCGCCAUACACCGUUUGGUCAUGGCCUUCUAGCGAUGCCUCAGAACGAACCUGGGGAUCUAUACCUGUAUGAUCGCCAAUGGUCCAAUGAUGCGACUAAGGAAAAGUCACAGAAACCAGUUGCUGUGUUUCCUGGCCAUGGAGGCCACCAAGCAAAGGAGUUCCUGUGGAGAACUCGAGGCGGGGUUUCAGAAGAUAACCUUGAUGAGCGAGAAUUUCAACUUGUAUCCUGGGGAACAGAUAACGAGUUACGACUUCACUGUAUCGACCCAAACAUCCUCUCAGCCGUAGGAUACAAGAAAGGAACCCCAGCUCAGGACGGCAUCAGCCUUACUCGAAAGGGAGCAACGUACAAAACAUUCCGCACCGUUGAUGAUGCAUCCAACCUUGACAAACGGACGAGUACAAUGAAAGAUUCAAGGACUGGCGCGGGCCACAAGCAAAGUGCCCUUACAGCUGCUGCACGAUCUUCUGCGCCCUUUAGUCGUCAGAUGAGGCCGGCGUGGCGUGGACCAUCAAUGAAAGCCAAAAGUGGAUCGGGCAAGAGGUUGGAUCCGAGUCAAGCUCAAAUCGGUUGGAUGAAGGGUAUCAACUCCGGCAUUAUGGGCCACGGCUAUCCUGACGAUCAAUGGGGCGAGCCCGACACAAUUCAAGAAGAGCUCCUGCGUGUUAGUACUCAGAUACCAAAGGUCAAGUGGGACAAUAUCGACAUGGACAACUUGACGCUGAGUGCUUCGCUCAAUGGUCCAUGGGGGAAGGAUGGAGAGGCCAUCUUCAUCAAAGUGAAGAUUGAUAUACCUUUGGAGUAUCCUAAGCUCAAAGCGCCAAAAUUCAUCAUCGAGAAGAGCUCAUUUAUGCCGGAAGAAAUGCACAAGCGGCUUAACCGAGAGCUACAUGAACUCGCAGAACAAUUUCUCCGAAGAAAGCAAAAUUGUCUGGAAGUGAUAUUCACCUACUUGCUAGGUGAAGUUGAUCUCGAGUCUAGUACUACUUUCUUCAAGAACGUUCGCGAUUUAGACGACGAUGAUGAUGGGCUGGCCGACGAUAGUUCAACAGAUGAGGAGGAAGACAUCCCAGCAGGCGGAUCGGCCUCUAUGUCUCAGGAACUCCCUCCUCAAGACGCGGACCUCGCAAUUGCGACUCCUGCCCGUCUCAUUAUUCCACCACCUCCACUAACCUGUGGCGCUCGGUUUUCGCAUGAUGGCCGACUCAUUUGCUUCUUCCCGACAAAAGAAGAAAAGGCCCGGGUUCUAUUCCAAACAAGUGCGGAUGCGAAUAAAGACCGCACUAGGAUAGACCAACCAUUCUUCGCAGGCUUUGGUCGCCUGACACAGGAUCCUCUUCCGCGAUACAAGUAUACGACCGAGGAGGCUUCCGCUACGGAGGAUCAAUCAGACUCUGAAGAAACUGACGAGUCUUCUUCUUCAUCAAGUGACUCUGAGUCUACAUCAAUACAUAAAAUGAGCCUGUGGUAUCAUUCAAGCCGCCAUCUAAGGAAGGCUUGGAGCGAGGAUCGAUCAAUUCGAUCCAGCGGCGGUGGAACAGGAACAGGAGUGGGUACCGGCACAGGUACGGGCACAAGCCGUCGACGGAUCGGCCGGCCUCGAAACGUGAUAUCAAUCCACGAUCUGCGACCUGACCUGCCCUCUAAGAAGGAGUUUGCACAAGAGUAUGCCAUCUUUGGUGACGGAGCAGAUGUGUGCGAGCACAACGCAAGAGUUGCAGAGAAAUACGGUUACACCGAUCUUAUGAAUGUGUGGCACUACUUGGCCCUACUUUUGAAGAAGGGCAUACCACUCGAGGUCCUGGCCAGCAAUCAGAGACGGAGCUCUAUCCUUGUCAUUGCUCGCGAUGUUGUGUCCAAGACUCGCGUAUUAGACAGCGACCAAGGCAACACCCCAGCAGGAGACAGUGCCUUGCUGGGUCGAGUGAAAUGGGGCCGGCAUCCGCUGGCCAAGGAUUUUAUUCAAGAACUCUUCAGCUAUUUUGAGAUGAUUGCCGACAUACAAAUGUUGGCAAUGCUUUCAUGCAUCUUUAGCGAAUCAUCGGCUGACGACAGUGUUGCCUACGUGGAAUCACAACUUCCAUCCCAAGAAACACCACUUCCUCUUAAGGCGCCAUCCUUCUCCCUAGACUACUUCCCUACAGAUGCCACUACGUGGAAUAUCUAUGGAAGAGGUGUACCGCAUUCGAAUGUGACCACACCCGGCACUCUUCACACACCGCUCCCUUAUGCUGGCUCACAUGCAUCUGAUGAUGGAAUCAUGUGGGCUGGCGAGCCUGGCACAAAUUCAUACUCAUGCGGCGAGACACCGCCAUCAAAAACGAGGCCCCUGACCGCUGAUGCGGACCCCCCUUCCACAAUGCUAUCGCGAUCGCCCUCCAACCGGCCUCUCUCAAGGGUUAGCACCGGAUUAAGUUCAGCAUUUUCAACAAACUUCCCGCGGUCAUUCACGGGGGCAAGUUCGUCAUCGCCCCCUGCGGGACAGCUGAGGAAGAAGCCAAGCCCAGCAGAGAUGAUCUUGAAUACGCUGACUCCCCGUACUGGAUAUGCCAGUGCGGGACCAACUUAUCCCGUGGGAGAUUCUAGUGGAGGUAGGAACUCCGUGUCAGACGACGAAUACCGCCGAGAUGAUCUGAUGUCUCUCGUGCCGGUGAGCGUUUCAGUAUUCGUGGAAGAUCAAACAAUAUUCGAUGACGACGGCUGGCUAAGCGAGCCUCUACUGGAGCCGAGCCGAGCCAACAUUUACGCCAACUAUCGAUAUGCAUAUGCAGAGAUGUUACAGAUGUGGCGACAGCCCCUCGCUCGACUGGAAGUCAUGAAAUUUAACGUUUUGAAAGACGAAUCACCUUUUGCUGGAGUAGAGGGAAGCUUUCACGAUUCGUUUACGCUCCACGACGGGGCCAGCGGGAAUGCAUCGCACCUCAAGACGGGUUCUUCACCCAUCAUUAUGGGCAAGAAAGAUCAGCUGCAAAUUCUAGCUGCGUCUGGACGCGGGUUGGAUGUGACGGGCAUAUGCCUUGUUCACGAGACUCAAUUAGACCCCUUGCGUUACACCUCUUCCGACUCCAAGGUCGGUGGAGCAGUGGGAACAUGCGAUCGUUGUCAUCGUAUCCAGAACCAGCUCCGCUGUGUGUACUGCCUAGAACCUGUAGACGCUCUUUUCCCGCCGUGCCUGUCAUGCGGAUGCGCAUUUCACGAAGACUGUCUUGCAGAGUGGCAUGCUGCGGGUGAGAUGUUCUGCCCGGCUGGAGAUGAAUGUAACUGCGUUGAAGAAGCCGUCAGAGGUCAGGUGGAGUCGUGGGCAGCCCUCCAGGGCGCCGUGAUGAAAACACAGUCAAAGACGUUGCUGCUACCGGGCGCAGCAAUGGAUGACAACGAUGGAGAGCACGAGAAACAUCAAAGAGGUGGUACUAACGGCGACUGGGAACGUGUAGGCAGAAACGUACCAAGUAGGGCGCAAGGCGCAACAGCAUCGACUGGAUUGAGUCUCGUGCGCUUUAAAACGCCUACAGGGCCUUGGUCAAGGGCUUCGAGCCAAAGGAGAAAUGGGAAGAGGGGGAACUGA